GAGCGCCGUAAUGUUGUAGAUGCGCACCAACUUUUAACAACGCGUUCGAUGGGUCGAGCGAAUUUUACUGAGAAUGUUAUUAUAAUGCACAUUAAUUAGAUGUUUUACGCCUUUUGUGCAGGAGUUUCGGUUUUGUCAACAGUACCCCUUGUUCAAGAAAUAAGCCGUAAUUAACUGGAGUCAGUGGAAUGUAAGUAUUCCUACUAAAAGUCGAGUUCGUACACUGACACGGAAAAGCCUUCAUUUUAGCGUGAACGGAUAGGCAAGGCAAGACGCGGAAAUCGCCUUUGUAAUGUAUUUUGGAGGGUUCCUAUAUGUAUCAACUGAAGGCUACGCGCCGUAAUAGAAACUUCGUGGCGAGCUACUCGUGUAAUUGACAGAGACACGGCAGUUAUGAGCCAGGUAGGGGGUCUUACAGGGAACCUCCUUUCCGAGAGUUUUAGUUUCCGAGUACAGACCGUGUUCUAGAGUAUUUUCUUUGGUUUCACUGAAAAUGCGAAGGGAGAAAAAAUGAAACCAAGAUGGGAACUGGUUGCAAACUGGCAGCCCUUUCUCCACCACAUAAGAACCUUAGUAUUAUACUUAGUUACAACAGCAGAUGAAAGUGUGUUACUAAAUAAGAUGGAGCGGGCAGGCUGGGUGGAGGAUGAGUUUGCCUGUCACAGGGGAGAGUGGGGGAGGCUGCGCUGUGUUUGGCCAUUGGUGGAGAGGGUAUUUGGGGUGCAACUGGACAGUGGGGGUGAAGGAGGGAUGGAAACCCUGGCUACAGAUGGACAGAUGUGGCUGAAGAUGAAGGGAAGCAAGAAAGAGGUGGAGGAAGCAAAGUUGUUUGUGAAGGGGCAGGUGAACGAGGCGAUGCAGCAGCAGGUGUCGUACCCCGAGCUCCUGUACUCUGUGUUCUGUGGUGCCGGGGGGCUCUUCCUGGACUGCAUCAUGAAAUACACCUGCGCUUUUGUCCAGGUGGGGCCUCCAGGCAAUCUAAUCAUCUCUGGUUUAGAGGAGCCAGUGGUGCGGGCCUGCUCUCUCAUCCUGGACCUGGUGGAGAAGUAUGAGCACACCCAAGGGUGGAGCACCGAGGCUGGGGCCGGGCCAGCAGGCGGGUCCCUGGAUUCCUGUCGGGCCUUCAGGUCUCUGGUGGAAAAGUGGGAAGACCAGCACACUCUGGAGCUGCUCGGCCUGCCUGCCCAGCUGAAGGAAACCCUGCUGGCCCUGGUGAAGGAGUCUGGACUGGACCCAGCCAAGGAACCACACAGGGGGCCUGCAGCGAUGGACAGAGUGAGGGAAAGACAGAGAGAGGGGGAGAGGGAGGGAGAGAGGGAAAGAGAGAGAGAAGAGAGGGAGGGAGAGAGCGAGGAGUUUUUGGUUAGGCAAAAGGAAAAGCAAGUGUGGCAGAGAGAAGGGGUGGGGGCUAUUCCAGAACAUUCCGAGCAGCUGAGGGGAAGGGAGAGGAGGAGAGGAAAAGGGGCUCACACACACACUCCGAGCCCAACCCAACUGCACACUCCACAGCCCCCCUGCCAAGAAAAACCACCCCCCCCCUCUGUGAGAGGACCUCCUCAGCACCCCGACCCUCCCGCCCCCCUUACCCAGUCCACCACAGCUCACAGGACCAAACACUUCACCCCGGCAACCAUUGUCACUGGGGAGCAGCGAUUCCAUGAGGGCUUACAGACGCCCUUUGACCUCCAGCUGGCCGAUGACCCCGGCGACCCCAACCUGAGUCAGGUCAUCAUAGACGGGAGCAACGUGGCCAUGAGCCAUGGUCUGGGUCUGUUCUUCUCCUGUCGUGGGAUUGCUCUGGCUGUUCAGUACUUCUGGAACAGAGGUCACCGCAGGGUCACCACAUUUGUCCCGCGAUGGAGGCAGAGGAAGGACCCAAGGGUCAAAGAGUAUCAGUAUCUAUCACAGCUGCAGAAUCUGGGUUGUCUCUCUUUCACUCCAUCUCGAGAGGUUCCAGGGAAAAUUAUAAGCUCUUAUGAUGACAGAUUCAUGCUGCAGCUGGCUCAGGAGACAAACGGUGUGAUUGUGACCAACGACAACCUGAGAGACCUUUUGGAUGAAUCUCCCGACUUUAACAGAAUCAUUAGAAACAGGCUGCUGCAGUACACGUUUGUUGGGGAUCACUUCAUGGUCCCCGACGAUCCGCUGGGCCGAGCAGGACCCCACCUGAAUGACUUCCUGCGCUCCAGACCGAGAUCGCCAGCCUCAGGCAGUCACACCGGUGCCGGUUUGGCCCCGCCCUUCUCCUCCACACCCCAGGUGUCUUACAGACAUGCUCAGACAGAGGCGCUGCAGGACCACUCCCAGCCAGCAGGGGCAGCAGGGAGACAGAGGCAGGCUGCAGACCCCGCUGUGCUCAGAGAGCACCUCUUACAGAGGUUCCCUGGGCAGGACAGCCUGGUGACGCUGGCAAUUCAGUGUAACCCUGACAACAAUGACAUCACCUCUCUCUCCCACAUCAUACAGAGCAUGCAGAGAGAGAGAGCAGAAGACAGGUAGGGAGAGAAAGAGAGGGAGAAACAGAGAGAGAGAGGAUGGAGGGAAGGAUUGGCAGGAGGAGGUGGUUUGGGGCGCUGAGAAAAGAGAAGGGGGUCAAUGCAGGAAAGAGCAGAUGAUGCAGAUGAUGAAGAUGAUGGAAAGAAAGCAUUCACAUUUUUAAACAUUCCAGUUGGCCAAUGAGAGAACAGCUGGGUGGGGUUAUGCUUAUUUAUUAUAUUGAUUCUCAUGGGAGAAUUACUGUUACCAUUAAUCAAAUAGAUGGCCCUCUCCUCAAAAAGAUCUAGCUGCAGCCGAUAGAAGCCCCCUUUUAUGGAGAGACUGAGUGCGUUCCAAAUGCUUAUUUUUUUACUUUCUUUCUUCCUUGCCUUCUUUCCUACUAUGGGAGGCCAAACGGGUCAAAUAUAAAUAAAUAAAUAAAUAUGUGGAAUUGACGUCUGGAAUUGCGUGUUGUCUAUGUGGGUGCAUUCCAAUGGCUUAUUUUAUUCAUCCUUUGUCUCAGAGGUCCUUGGCAGACCUGGAAAAGUAUCCACCUCUCCCCAUCUGCCAUGUCUGUAACUGAUGUGGUUUCUAGCUGACGCUUGAAAGACCAGACGUUCCAGCUGACUUAUAAACGUUUCCUCGAUUCCUCAGUUCCCACGUCCUUCCCUUGCGUCCUUCCCUUGCGUUCUCUGGCGGGUGGAGCUCGGAGCAAGGAAAGGAAGCAAGGAGAAAAGAUAAGCUAAUGGAAUGAGCCGAUGUUGACAAUGUGUGUUUCCAGAUGUCAAUUUCACGUAUUUUUGACCCGUUUGGCCUUCCAUGUUAGGAAAGGAAGAAAAAUAAGCGGUUGGAACACAUCUUUGCUGUUCCACACUGUGCAGGUGACUCUGAGUUCUGGUUCUUCUCCCAGACAUAGGCGGAAUGUCUCGUUUUGCUGGAUUCAUAAAGAUCUUCACAAUAUUUUUUCUAGAUGUUGCCAUUUUUAUUUGGAGUAGUUUUUGUUAGGAGAUUUGUAUAAUUUUUUUCUAUAACUGCCAGAAGGUAUUUUGAUCAACAGCCUUUUUAAUUUGGGUUAGUUGAUUCUGCAUAUAUUGUGAUUUUUUUCACACUGAGCUGUUUAUCACAUUGUUUUAGGGCUUGAAAGCAUAAGUGGUGUCUCGGUCAUCUGGGUGUUUAUGAUUUUUGUUUGACAGCUUUCUUAAGUUCUUUUUUGAUGAAGCACAUUCUCUGUCCAACUAUCUUUUUUUUUUGCUUUGUACUUGGUUUUCUAUUUCUUAAAAUUUUCAUUUCAGAUUUCUUUUCCAAUUGUACAAAUAUGUUAUUCAAAUCUCGUGUGGCCAAAUGUAUGCUUUUAAAUUAAAAUUGCGCGCAUAUUUCUUCAGAACAUAAUGCUGGAUUAUAAUCAUUAAUACUCUGUUGGGUUGUUGCGACCGACGGCUAGCUUCCGGUAGCACGGCUACACACACAUUAUCCACUAUCAGUACUCGCGGUCAUACAGCGCGGGUGUAGCACUUGCGUCUGGGUCAAAGAGUGUGUGUGCGUGUGCGCGUGUGUGUGUGCGCGCGCGCGCGCGUGCGUGGACAGUGGCUGUGGGCUAUUCAAAUUUAAUUUCAUAAUAGUUUCUUUACCGGUAAUGGUGUGUUUGUUUUAGUUAGUGGGUGCACACAUUACGGACUAAUUUAUCCAUAUUUUACACACAUAACAACCGCAUUGCAAACAAACCAGCAUUUUUCCGGUAACAAAACACGUGCACUGGUUCACUCAAGUUCACAUUUUACUUAUCACAGUGUCGGUUUUUGCUUGUCUUCGGCGCCGGCUUUGUUCUUUGUUUGCGGUUUGCCCAUAGAUUGUUUAAAGGUGGGUUUGCCACUUCCCGCGUUCUCCGACACUUCCUCAUUUUCGCAAUGCGAGGACCCAAACCGAGGCAAACCUUCAGGUGGCUUUAAAAAUGCCUGCAACCCUCGGCACCUGCGCAGUUGCUCCACUAAAGUGUAAAUCCCAACAGCGAAGUAGCCGUAGCGGCUGCAAUUUAUUUGUUUGAUGAUGUAAUGGGCAGGAAAAAGAAGAAAAAAAACCCAAGUUUGAGUCUUUAUUGUGCGGACGUGUGAAGUUGUUAGUGAAUUCUGCCUGUUGACAUGAGGUCAGAAGGUACAGAAAUGAAUGUUUUUUUUUCUGCAGGGAACCCUGAAAAGUGACGAGCUCUUGGUGCUGUGUAUAGGUACGGGGCAUGCUGCCCCGUGUGUUCCCCUUUAUGCCAUAUCAGGAUACCCACUGAAUCUUUGCCGUUCGUGACAUGGCCACGUUUUAAGGAGGGCAUGCUGCGUUCUAUAUAAUUAUUUGGAAAGUUAUAAUAUUAAAUGUUUUUGAUUCAAUGUUUC